CGACAGUCAUCUUCGCCGCGGUUGCAAUUCGCGUACAACACUAACACUGGAUCGACCUGUGCAUGCAAAACCCUAGCUAAUCGUUUGAUAAUUGUUACGAGGGUGAGGCGGCGGCGGGGUGGUGGGUUCAAAAAAACGAGGGAUCAUACUAUAAUGCUCGAUGUGAGCGAGUGUUGGACGUGGACGUUGGACAUUGAUAUUGGACUCUCGUUCGAUGCAUUACAACAGCUGACGACUAUUGUGAGCUGAUGGUAACGAUGCAACGGAGCUCUGAGACCGUGUUAUCUCCUGCGUCAGUGUUCACAUAUGCCGCGCUCUAUACAGCUUCUCCCAUUCAUUCCCGUUCUUAUACAAUUACCACCGCCACCGCAAUCCAUCCAUUCUUUCCUUCACCCAGACUCUCCACCCCACCUCCAGGACCAACCGUCAAAAAUGGAGAUUUUGACUGGUGCAUCUAAAGUCAAGAUUGGCAGAGGAAAUUUUUCAAGCGUUGGAAGGGAUCAAUUCAAUUAUACGAUCGUUCAGACAAGAGACAAGAGGACAAAGGUUGCCAGGGGCCUACCAGAACUCUCCGAGUUCACCGAAAUCAAGCGGGGCGACAUCUACAAGGACAAAGACGUCUGCUAUUCUUGGCAGUUGUGCUCGAAUGGGAAAGAAAACACGGAGGCGGCCGUGUAUAUUGCACAGAUCAUGAUUGGCGGCCGGUUUGGAGAGAGCAAGUUCACUGUGAAGACAUACCAUGGGCGAAAUGCGACCAAGGAAUGGAGUCGAGAUUUUUCGCGAUGUUCUAAGGACUGGCUCAGGGAUGUUCCACUUUUUGGUUACAACAAGUCGUCGGUUCCGUCGCUGAUAUUCUGUGGAGAGCUCGUACCCGUUGCACAUAUGGAAGCUCGAAUGGGAUCGGUGGGGUUAUUCUACAUGUGUUUACUGAGAUCGAGCUUGGGAUGUUCAAGGAACGAGAUAUGGAUGGAUCCUGCGCAGGGAAGACUCUGUCGUGGGCCGGUUGGACCAAAAUGUCGCAAUUGGCCGGAACAAGACUUUGAUGCCACUGUUCCUUCCGACAUGGAAUUCCUGAAAGAAGACACCAUCAUCCGAUAUUUUGCUAACAAGCAAGAGGAUCGGUGGGUUCUUACUGCACUUGGUAAUUGUCUUUUUGAACUACUUGACGGCGAUAUCCCGGCGACCGGUUACAUCCACGUCAUUUCGGGUUUGACAAACUCGACGAUCGCUUUCUCCGAGGAUGUACGGUGGCAGAGUUGGAAAGGUAGUCUUGGUGAAAGGCAACAUAUGCCAGAUGGAGCAAGAAGGUUCCGUCUCAGAGACAAUCGGCGCAAGAUAGAAGUAGAAUCUGUCGGCGAACGAACCGCUUGGCUCUCACAAGCGUUGAGUGUAUUCCACACUCUCAACAUCUCAUUGGACGAGGCCUUUUCAACUACAUUCAUCUUCCCUUGGCUUAAGCUCACAGGUACACUUCAGAAAUCCAAACACAAACGACAACGACGCCAAUUACUACAUACACCGAUUUAUUUGAUUGUCCUUCCUUCUCCUUAUCCCCUCUAUCAUUGGUCGUUGGAUCCAACUGGCCAAACACCGCUCUCGCUAGAAAUGUGCAAAUACCUUGGCCUUCCAUUCAAGCUCCUCCCCAAAGUGACUCGCUUCCGGGAAUCCUGGCCGACCAAGGUCUACCAACAAAUUCAUGAUUACCAAAUUGCAAGGAUGUUUGACCCCAAAACCACGGAUUUUGCACGAUCUCUUGGAUGUCCUAUAUUCACAAUCAUUCCAGCCGAAAACUUUUGCUUCCAAGAAAUUGUUGAAAAACACCACCGUGUACCAGAAUCGGUAGCUAAACUGUCGCCAAAUGUCAACAAUUCCCAAGAACACUCGGAACCUGUUCCCGACUCAAAUGUAUAUCACGAAAGCCGGGUGGAAGACCGAAGUCCCGAAGAAACGGACGAUUAUUUCUCACUCGAAUUGCUGUUUGAGGAAACGGAAGGGUCCACAAAGUACGCUCAGAGACCAAAUUCUGCAUCCACUCCGCAAGACACGAUGCGUUCACUACUGGGCACACUAUUGGCUCCAUUCACAUGGGAAGCCAUCGAGGGCUCGGGUAUCUCAGCUGUAGUGAUCUAGGUGAUGAGAUGGGUUUGGAUUAAGUGGAAAUGUGAACUAGAGUGUAAAAUUGACAAGGGCAGAGCAGCGAUGCAGCCUAUAAACUGCGGAAACCUGGGGUCGUGCGGAUCGCUGUAUGUGUAUAGAUCAUGUGCGGUCGGGAGGGAGUCUGCAACUCUGACCAGAUCUUUCAGACGAUCCAUGAUAACCUGGCGUUCGCUCUGCCGCAGAGGAUCGAUCCCAAAUGUAAAGUACUCGAGUAUGGGCAUGUUGUCUGGUCCAGUUCGAAAGCUUGGAACCCAUUCCUCAAUCUCUCCCUUCCCCUCACCCCUCUAUCAUUGGUCGUUGGAACCCAACUGGCAAAACACAGCUCUAAGAGUGCAAAAACCUUGAUUGACUUCACCGUUUGAGACAGUGGUGGCUGGUCAGGUUCUGUCCGGGCAUUCGUUAAUCUUCAGCCGGAUUGGACGCGAUUUGAAUGCGAUUCAGGAGGGGGAAAUGGAAACGAGAUACGAAAAGAUGUCUGGGAGCAAUA